AUAUACUAUUCUAUAGAGAGAGAAUAAAAGGGGGAGGGAAGGUGCGCGGAAGGCACUGUUGGGAAUAGCGAUUGAAGCGCUCUUGUUGUCGUAUAACAAGAGCAAGGAUCUGCCUUUCCGAUUAUUUCUAGAGAGAGAAAACAAAACCCAGCCGCUGAAGACAGUGUGUACGUCAACUCCAGCAUUCUGGCGAAAUUAUCUGAUUUUUAUCGAUCGUGUCUUUGCUUGUUUUGAAGAUAGUGUUUGGGAUUGUUGUUGAGUGUAAAUGGGGAAAGGUGGGGAAAAUUAUGGAAAGAAGGAGACUGUAGGGACUAAGUCAUCAACGAACCAAGAAGGCUUUGCCGCGUGGGCGAAAGAUGUUUGGGAAUGCGAAGAGAAGUUUCAGGUAAAGCGGGACUGCGGAUUGUCCGAUGAUGAAGUUGAGAAGCGGCUGCAGAUCUAUGGUUUGAACGAGUUGGAGAAGCACGAAGGUCAGUCGAUUUUGAGAUUGAUUUUGGAUCAGUUCAAUGAUACUCUUGUGAGGAUUUUACUUGCUGCGGCUGUGAUCUCUUUUGUGCUUGCUUGGUAUGAUGGCGAUGAAGGCGGAGAGAUGGAGAUAACAGCAUUUGUUGAGCCUUUGGUUAUUUUCUUGAUAUUGAUUGUGAACGCGAUUGUUGGGGUUUGGCAAGAGAACAACGCUGAGAAAGCAUUGGAGGCUCUUAAAGAAAUUCAAUCAGAGCAGGCAACUGUGAUUCGCAAUGGCAAAAAGGUUUCAAAUUUGCCUGCAAAAGAACUUGUUCCUGGUGAUAUUGUUGAGCUUCGGGUUGGGGACAAAGUGCCUGCUGACAUGAGGGUUCUGAAUUUGAUUAGCUCGACCCUUCGGCUUGAGCAGGGGUCAUUGACUGGAGAGAGUGAAGCGGUUAGUAAGACGACGAAGCCCGUUCCGGAAGAUUCAGAAAUACAGGGAAAGAAAUGCAUGGUGUUUGCAGGAACAACAGUUGUGAAUGGAAACUGUAUUUCCUUGGUUACUCAGACAGGAAUGGAUACAGAGAUAGGGAAAGUGCAUUUGCAGAUUCAUGAGGCAUCACAGAGUGAGGAAGAUACGCCAUUGAAGAAAAAGUUAAAUGAAUUUGGAGAGGUUCUCACGAUGAUUAUUGGCGUGAUUUGUGCACUGGUUUGGCUUAUAAAUGUGAAAUACUUUUUGACUUGGGAGUAUGUAGAUGGGUGGCCAUCGAACUUUAAGUUCUCAUUCGAGAAGUGCACAUAUUACUUUGAGAUUGCUGUUGCAUUGGCAGUGGCCGCCAUUCCAGAAGGUUUGCCGGCAGUUAUUACAACAUGCUUGGCACUUGGCACGCGAAAGAUGGCUCAAAAGAAUGCACUUGUUAGGAAGUUGCCUAGUGUGGAGACCCUUGGUUGUACAACAGUGAUUUGUUCUGACAAAACUGGUACUUUAACUACCAAUCAGAUGGCGGCAGCGAAGCUUGUGGCCAUGGGACCCAGGCCAAAUAUUGUUCGAACCUUCAAUGUGGAAGGGACCACAUAUAGCCCUUUUGAUGGAAAAAUAAAAGAUUGGCCAGUAGGUCAAAUGGAUGCUAAUCUUCAAAUGAUUGCCAAGAUUGCUGCUGUAUGCAAUGAUGCAGGCAUCGAACAAUCUGGGAAUCAUUAUGUCGCCAGUGGAAUGCCUACAGAGGCAGCAUUGAAGGUUCUGGUCGAAAAAAUGGGACUUCCUGAUGGAUUGGAUUCUGGUGCAUCUUCAGGUUAUGGUGAUGCACUUCGUUGUUGUCAAACUUGGAAUAAACUUGAACGCCGGAUUGCCACUCUUGAGUUCGACCGUGAUAGGAAAUCAAUGGGUGUCAUUGCGAAUUCCAGCUCAGGCAGAAAAACAUUGCUUGUGAAGGGGGCAGUGGAGAAUUUGUUGGAAAGAAGUUCAUUUGUCCAAUUGUCUGAUGGUUCUUUUGUAGAACUGGAACAAACAUCAAGGGAGGCUAUCUUACUAAGCCUUAAAGAGAUGUCCUCAAGUGCAUUACGUUGCUUAGGUUUUGCAUACAAGUUGGACCUUCCUGAGUUUGCCACAUACAAUGGCGAUGAAGAACAUCCUGCUCAUAAUCUUCUAUUGAAUCCAUCUAACUAUUCUUCAAUUGAGAGUGAACUCAUAUUUGUUGGCUUGGCUGGGCUAAGGGACCCUCCUCGGAAGGAGGUUCGCCAAGCAAUUGAGGAUUGCAGAGCAGCUGGCAUUCGAGUUAUGGUUAUUACAGGAGAUAACAAGAAUACAGCUGAAGCUAUUUGUCGUGAAAUAGGCGUAUUUGGGUCACACGAGGACAUCACAACAAAAAGCUUGACAGGAAGACAGUUUAUGGAUCACCAUAACCAAAAAGAUCAUUUAAAUCAAGAUGGAGGGUUACUUUUCUCUAGAGCUGAACCAAGGCAUAAACAAGAGAUAGUGAGGUUGCUUAAAGAAGAAGGUGAAGUGGUUGCAAUGACCGGCGAUGGAGUAAAUGAUGCACCUGCCUUGAAAUUGGCUGAUAUUGGAAUUGCAAUGGGCAUUGCUGGCACUGAGGUUGCGAAGGAAGCUUCUGAUAUGGUUUUAGCAGAUGAUAAUUUUAGCACGAUUGUUGCUGCUGUGGGUGAAGGCAGAUCCAUUUAUAACAAUAUGAAGGCAUUUAUCAGGUACAUGAUUUCGUCAAAUAUUGGCGAGGUUGCCUGUAUAUUUCUGACUGCCGCUUUAGGUAUUCCAGAAGGCCUGAUUCCUGUUCAGCUUUUGUGGGUCAAUCUUGUUACUGAUGGACCCCCAGCAACAGCUUUGGGAUUCAAUCCACCAGACAAGGAUAUAAUGAAGAAACCCCCUCGAAGAAGUGACGACUCUUUGAUCACUGCUUGGAUUUUAUUCCGCUAUCUGGUGAUUGGACUGUAUGUUGGGGUAGCAACUGUGGGAAUCUUCAUCAUUUGGUACACGCAAAACUCUUUCCUUGGCAUUGACCUAAGUGGAGAUGGUCACACCCUUGUCACUUAUUCCCAGCUUUCCAAUUGGGCUCAGUGCCGUUCUUGGGAGGGUUUCUCAGUUUCACCUUUCACAGCGGGAUCUAAAACUUACACUUUUAAUGAGGAUCCAUGUGACUACUUCCAGACGGGCAAGAUAAAAGCAAUGACCCUCUCCCUCUCUGUAUUGGUUGCCAUCGAGAUGUUCAAUUCUCUUAAUGCUCUCUCUGAAGAUGGUAGCCUCGUGUCAAUGCCCCCAUGGGUCAACCCUUGGCUCCUUUUGGCUAUGUCUAUCUCGUUUGGCUUGCAUUUCUUGAUCCUUUAUGUGCCUGUCCUAGCUCAAGUAUUCGGCAUUGUUCCUCUUAGCCUAAAUGAAUGGCUCUUGGUGUUGGCUGUAGCUUUGCCCGUGAUAUUAAUUGAUGAGAUUCUCAAGUUGGUGGGUCGAUGUACAAGAGGAUUGCAGACACCUGCUGCAAGAAAACCUUCCAAACGCAAGACAGAGUGAGGAUUAAAUUGAAGGAUUGACGUUGGAGAAGCUUGCUAUUCAUAAAGCCCUUGUGGUUUGAGUUGACGGUAACUCCCUCCCGGUCCUCCCUUUAAUCCUCCUGAAAACAAAGUAAGGGUUGGUUCGGACCUCAAAAAUCUAAUUGGAUUGAUUACUUUAGAGAGAUCUGUAAUACUUCUAUGCUAGGAAUCGCAAGACAUAAUGGUUCUUUUUUUUACCUUGUGGUCUUCCUCGUAAUUUUUGGCAGAUCCAUUUUAUGUUAGUGCGGAAUUGGGACACUGGAAUGUUAUUCAGUUGUCAGUUAACGGCAUUGUUGGAUUUUGUGAUUUAA